UGGGUGUCGCGCAGCGGGCUCGGGGCGCUGCCGCCCGCGCUGCAGCCGCUGCUGGCGUGCCUGGUGGGCGGCGCAGGCUGCCUGCUGGCCCUGGGGUUGGAGCACUGCGCACACAGCCCGGACGCCUCCGCGCCGCCGCGCCGGUCCAGCUGGGCCGAGGACAAAGUGCCGGUGAUCAGACCCCGGAGGAGGUCCAGCUGCGUGUCGCUGGGAGAAGCGGCUGGUUACCAUGGCAGUGGCAAAGCGUUCCGGAGACCGUCGCUGCCUUGCAUUUCCAGGGAGCAGAUGAUCCUUUGGGAUUGGGACUUAAAGCAGUGGUAUAAACCUCAUUACCAGAAUUCUGGAGGUGGAAAUGGAGUUGACCUUUCAGUGUUAAAUGAAGCUCGCAACAUGGUGUCCGAUCUUCUGAUUGACCCCAGCCUUCCCCCGCAAGUCAUUUCUUCCCUACGCAGUAUCAGUAGCUUGAUGGGUGCUUUCUCAGGCUCCUGUAGGCCAAAGCUUAAUCCUCUCACACCAUUUCCUGGAUUUUACCCCUGCUCUGAAAUAGAAGAUCCAGCUGAGAAAGAGCGGAAACUUCACAAGGGACUGAGUAGCAGGAAUAGUCUCCCGACUCCGCAGCUGAGGAGGACCUCAGGAACUUCAGGGUUGCCCCCUCCUGAGCACUCUACAAGGUGGGAACACAGUAAUGGCAAAAGGCCACACCAAGAAUUUGGCAUUUCAAGUCACGGAUGCUACCUAAAUGGGCCUUUUAGUUCAAAUCUCCUGGCAGUUCCAAAGCAGAGGUCAUCGUCUGUGUCACUGACUCAUCAUGUAGGUCUGAGAAGAGCUGGCGCUUUACCCAGCCUGAGUCUUGUGAAUUCUCCCAGCCGCGUACCAGUGUCUCCUGGCUCUCUAACUAAUCGAUCACCCAUAGAAUUUCCUGAUACUGCUGAUUUUCUUACUAAGCCAAGUACUGUUCUACAUAGAGCUCUGGGCAGUGUACCCAAUACAGCAGAGUUUUAUCAAUACCUUAAAAAUUCUGAUAGUAAUCUGUGUAGCAGCUGUCCACAUCAGGCAAAUUCUGUGUUCAUUUAUCACUAUAUAUACUUUUUGAAAGGUGAAGAAGAUACCACCAUUUUCUCAAAAGAGUCAUUCAAUAUCGGGGGAACUCAAGAAGAGGAAGCAGAGAAGAAGGACUACAGGAAAUUAGUUUUGGAAGGUGAUAAUCACCUAACAGAAGAGGCACAGCAACCAAAUAUUGAACAGGAAGAUUCACUAGACUUGAUGCCAGUAGAAGACUACGGUUCCUUGAUUGAGGAGAUGAGCAACUGGAAUUUUCAGAUUUUUGAGCUUGCAGAAAAAAUGGGAGAGAAAUCAGGAAGGAUUCUCAGUCAGGUUAUGUAUACCUUAUUUCAAGACACUGGUUUAUUGGAAACAUUUAAAAUUCCCACUCAAGAAUUCAUGAACUAUUUUCGUGCCUUAGAAAAUGGCUACCGAGACAUUCCUUAUCAUAAUCGUAUACAUGCCACAGAUGUUCUGCAUGCAGUUUGGUACCUGACAACACGGCCGAUUCCCGGCUUGCCGCAGAUCUGCAAUAAUCGCGAAGCAGGAAGUGAAGCAGAUUCAGAUGGUAGGAUUAACUCUGGACAGAUUGCUUAUAUUUCUUCGAGGAGCUGCUCUAUACCAGAUGAGAGCUAUGGCUGCCUGUCUUCGAACAUUCCUGCCUUAGAACUGAUGGCUUUGUAUGUGGCAGCCGCCAUGCACGAUUACGAUCACCCGGGAAGGACAAAUGCGUUUCUAGUGGCUACAAAUGCACCUCAGGCAGUUCUGUAUAAUGACAGAUCUGUUCUGGAAAACCAUCAUGCUGCAUCAGCUUGGAACCUGUAUCUUUCUCGCCCAGAAUACAACUUUCUUCUGAACCUGGAUCAUGUACAAUUCAAACGCUUCCGUUUUUUAGUUAUAGAAGCAAUCCUUGCCACAGAUCUUAAAAAACAUUUUGAUUUUCUUGCUGAAUUCAAUGCCAAGGCCAACGAUGUGAAUAGUAAUGGCAUAGAAUGGAGCAGUGAAAACGAUCGCCUCCUGGUCUGCCAGGUGUGCAUCAAGCUAGCAGAUAUAAACGGCCCAGCAAAAGUUCGGGACCUGCAUUUGAAAUGGACAGAAGGCAUCGUCAAUGAAUUUUAUGAGCAGGGAGAUGAAGAAGCAAAUCUUGGUCUGCCCAUUAGUCCUUUCAUGGAUCGUUCUUCUCCUCAACUAGCAAAACUCCAAGAAUCUUUUAUCACGCACAUUGUGGGCCCCCUAUGCAACUCCUAUGAUGCUGCUGGUUUGCUACCUGGUCAGUGGAUAGAGACAGAAGAGAAUGAUGAUACUGAAAGUAGUGGUGGUGAUGAUGAUGAUGAUGAUGAUGAUGGUGGUGGUGAAGAAUUAGAUACAGAUGAUGAAGAAACAGAAGACAGUCUAAAUCCCAAACCACAAAGAAGGAAAGGCAGACGGCGAAUAUUUUGUCAGCUAAUGCAUCACCUCACUGAGAACCAUAGGAUAUGGAAGGAAAUCAUAGAAGAAGAAGAAAAAUAUAAAGCUGAGGGGAAUAAACUGCAGGUGGAGAACACUUCCUUAUCGCAAGCAGAUGAGAUCCAGGUUAUUGAAGAAGCAGAUGAAGAGGAAGAGCAAAUAUUUGAAUAAAAGAAAAUGUGUUGAAGAAGCCUGGGGGACUGUGCCCAGGGUCAGCUCAUUAUGUCCACUGUGCUGACUUUAAACUGACCAUUCCCAUGUGGACGGGCCUUAAUACUGUGAGAGGAUCCUUGCUGCGCUGGCAGUUUCCCACUCCUAAGCACUUUCAUCACAUGAUCUAGGAAAUGGUUCUUAGAACUAGGCUUCAGUUGGCCCAUGUUGCAGAGCCUUUCCUCGAGACCUUCCCUAGUAUAAAGACUGUCACAUUGCUGCUUUGCUGGGUAGUGAGUGAGCUCUUAUUUUUCAUAGUGGGGGAGGGCUAAAACUAAAAUCUCAAGUGACUUCAGUUUUCAAACUGGUGAUGCCUUUAUGAAAACAGGAUUCAUCUUGUAUUUCCAAACGUAUCUUUUAUGCCUUUGUUUUGGGGUAAAAAACCUCUGUGUCUAAUCCAAAAAAGAAUCCAUUGUGGCCUUUCUAAGGGAUCCCUGCUCAAUGCAAUGUGUUGUGCAGUAUGAUUCUCUCAGCCAGGUUUAAACACGAAGGACUGAGGACCUUUGUUAUAUUUAACAAAAUCCAGGUGCAUCAAUUUCUGAUGCUUUUUAUUGUUGUGUAUAAUCUACUAUGUGUGUUUUAUUUCUGCCUAGAGUAUUCAGGUUUGCCAUGGACAUCAGAAGUCUAAUUCUGGUCUUACUGACUUGUGUUCCACGGUUGAAUUUUAAAUGUGUUUAACAAUGAAGGAAAUUAUUCUGUAGUCAAAACUGUUCUUUUAUUCUUGCUCAGGAUUAGUAAUUUUGAACUUGUAGUUAUAAAUAUAACAUAGAUUUUUCCAGAAGAAAAAAUUGUCCUAAUAUUGUUAGCCAUUUAUGAAAUGAGCAUCAUUUUUUUCUUCUCAGAUGGAUUUGAGACUAAUUAAAACCAAGAAAAAAGAGAUAUCUGCCUUUUGCCUUAAUGCAAAACCAAAUGAAACUAAUCCCAUCAAAGAUAAAGAACCAAAGAAACAAUGAGUUUGAAUGGACGUAUAUAGUAGCUAAAUCAUUGAGAUUUGUGGUCAUCUUUAGAUCUGUAUCUUACGUGCCUUGUGUCCUAGUGUCUGGUUAUACUAAAACUGACAAUAUUUUUGUUGAUUUCUUUCUUCUUUGAGAAUAUGUGGUAAAAACGACCUGGCACUACUUAGCAGUACUAGAACCCAGCUGAAAGACUAAGUUCAGAAGUAAAUGAUGGGAAUACAUCUUUAAAUUUUAUAUAAAAAUUUUUAAAUAGUCUAAUAAGUAAUUUCACACAAGGCAUAUAAAUAACCUCCUAAUGAAGAUGCUGGAAAAGAAAACAGACCACAUUUAUAGUUUUUAUAAACCUUUAGAGUGUAGAUAUGUGCCAUAAUUGCAAAAAAAUAGUUCUAAGGUUAUAAACAAAACCAGCCCAAACUUUGUUUUUCAUUCUUCAAGACCAUAAAAUAUUUUGGAGCCAUGCAGCUUUGUGGACAGUGAGCUAUUAAUUUUCAGUAGUUCCUUGAUAGCUUAAUGCUCGCCAUUCCCUUCUGACCUAAAACAUCUGAGUCAUCUGAAAGAUGGCAUUCAGAGAUCUAUUGAAGUGUUGGGGUUUUUGAUCCUGCAGGUUAUCAUAAUAUUUAAUGAUGCACUAAGCUUUAUUUAUUAAAUGUGGAGUGUUGAGCCCCUUCCUGCCACUUUUGCUACCAUUAUUGCACUAUUAAACUGGUCCCACCAUAUAUUAGUAAGUAAUAAAAUUUUAACUGAUAA